AUGGUCAAAGAGCAGAUUAAAGUGGUAGUUUGUGGUGAUAAUGGGGUUGGUAAAACAAGUCUAAUAGCAUGUCUGGUGAAAGAUCAAUAUAUUCCAAAUCUACAAGAUUGUUUACCGGCUGUCACAGUUCCAAGAGACUUCUCAUCCAGCCCGUAUUGUCCCAAAACUACUCUCUUGGUGGAUACUACAGGUUCCGAGCUGCCAUCCUUACAUCGAGAACUGAAAAGUGCUGACGUGAUAUGGCUGGUCUAUUCCGAUCAUGAAAGCUACGACCGCGUUGCGUUAUACUGGAUGAUGAUGUUCCGCUCUCUUGGUGUGAAUUUACCUGUUAUUCUGUGCAAAAACAAGUGCGACGAAUACUCCGGAAAUGGAAACCACUCCCUUAAUGCAGGUGAGUUUCGCGCAGAAGACCAGGCCUCAGAUAGCACCAAAAUUGAAGAUGAAGAGUUCAUACCAAUACUCAGAGAGUUUAAGGAAAUUGAAACGUGCAUCAAGACAAGUGCCAGAGAUAAAGUAAAUGUAAACCAAGCUUUUUAUCUCUGUCAACGAGCUAUUACUCAUCCUAUCGCGCCUCUUUUCGACGCCCGCGUUGGAGAAUUGAAGCCUCUAACUGUUUUAGCUCUUAAGCGCAUCUUUUUACUAUCCGAUAAAGACCAAGAUGGGUAUCUUAAUGAUGAAGAAAUAUCAGUACUGCAACGACGUUCUUUUGGCAAAAGCAUUGACAUACAUGAGCUUGAGUUCAUAAAGGGGACUUUGAUUCACCUUUCCACUCCUCCUCAGGAAUAUGCUAGCUACACGCUGUAUGUCCCCGAAAAAGGAAUGACAAAAGACGGAUUCUUAGUUCUGAACAAGCUUUACUCCGAAAAAGGACGUCAUGAGACAACCUGGGAUAUCCUCCGCGCAUUCCACUACACGGACUCGCUUUCCAUCAAUGACAAAGUUCUAUAUCCCAAAAUGGAUAUUCCAGCCACCGCGAGUGUAGAACUAAGUCCCUUGGGUUAUCGCUUCCUAGUUGAACUAUUUCUGAUAUACGAUAAGGACAACGACGGCGGUUUGAACGACCAGGAACUUGAGUUUCUUUUUAAGACGACUCCGGGACUCCCCACAUUAUGGACAGAAACUAAUUUUCCCAACUCUACGGUCGUCAACAAUCAGGGUUUCGUUACACUCCAAGGAUGGCUGGCUCAAUGGACAAUGACUACAUUCUUAGACUACAGGACCACCACAGAGUAUCUUGUAUACCUAGGCAUUGAAAAGGAUGCUCGGCUGGCUUUGCAAGUGACGAAAUCGAGAAAGAAGCGAAGACGAAACGGAAGAUUUUACAGAGCGCCAGUAACGGACCGCAAAGUGUUUAACUGUUUCGUUAUUGGAAAACCACAUAGCGGAAAGAGCUCUCUUUUAGAAUCAUUCGUUGGAAUGUCAUUUUCGGAGCCCUACACUCCGACAAUCAGACCUCGUAUCGGCGUUAACAGUUUGGAGUUGAAAGGUAGCAAACAGUACUACCUCAUCGUGCAAGAGUUCGGAGAACAAGAACCUGCAAUAUUGGAAAACGUUGAGAAGACAAAAAAAUGUGAUGUUCUAUGUCUCACUUACGAUUCAAGCGAUCCGGAGUCUUUCUCCUACUUAUUUGACCUCAUUAAUGAGCAUAAGCACCUUUUAGAACUUCCGAUGGUCUUUGUGGCUUUAAAAGCUGAUCUUGAUAAACAGCAGCAAAGAUGUUAUCUGCAGCCAGAUGAUUUUGCAGAUCAACUUUUUGUAGAACAUCCUCUGCAUGUCUCUUCAGCGUGGUCUAGCUCUUUGAAUGAGUUAUUUAUCAAACUAACGGCGGCCGGCCUCGAGCCCGGAAAAAACACUCCAGGGCUGGCCCCGGACGUGGCCAGAGAGGAUUUGGAUUACUGGAAGUACGCUUUGGUCGCCACUUCAGCUGUAGGCUUUACGUCGCUAUUCACCUUCGCGCUUUUCAAGCUGAUACGAAGUCUGCGUAAUGAAUCUUGA